CCCUUCCCGGGCCCUGCUGCAAUUUCCAUUAAUAGCCAGCUGAGCCUCCCGGCUAAAAAUAACCGGCGGGACGUCUUCAUAAGGCCCCGCGCGGCCGGCCCCCCAGCACCGCCGCCCCGCGCAUCAUGGCUGAGCGCCGCGUGCCCUUCACUUUCCUCCGCAGCCCCAGCUGGGAGCCCUUCCGCGACUGGUACCAUGGCAGCCGCCUCUUCGACCAGUCCUUCGGGAUGCCCCACAUCCCCGAGGACUGGUACAAGUGGCCGAGCGGCAGCGCCUGGCCCGGGUAUUUCCGUCUGCUGCCCGGGGAGAGCGCGCUGGUGCCGGCGCCGGGCUCGCCCUACGGCCGGGCGCUGAGCCGCCAGCUCAGCAGCGGCAUCUCCGAGAUCCGCCAAAGCGCCGACAGCUGGAAGGUCACCCUGGACGUCAACCACUUCGCGCCCGAGGAGCUGGUGGUGAAGACCAAGGACAACAUCGUGGAGAUCACCGGCAAGCACGAGGAGAAACAGGAUGAGCACGGCUUCAUCUCCCGGUGCUUCACCCGAAAAUACACCCUCCCCCCCGGCGUGGAGGCCACAGCCGUGCGGUCCUCGCUGUCCCCCGACGGGAUGCUGACGGUGGAGGCGCCCCUGCCCAAGCCGGCCAUCCAGUCCGCCGAGAUCACCAUCCCCGUCACCGUCGAGAGCCAGGUCAAGAAAGACGAGCCAGCCAAGAAGUAGGAGGCACCGAGGAGGAAGAGGAAGAAGAGGAGGAGGAGCCCCUGCUGCUGCCCCCAUGAAGUGCACCCUCAUGCCUUCCCCCCACCCCCAGCCCCCUUUUUAUUUUUUAUUUUGUACUCGCUCAGUCACCCAGUGCCUUGAGUAAAUGUGAAGGAGAAGGUAGUGUCAGUGGGAAUAAAAAGUGGUGGAAAACCUG